CUUAGAUAAGAUUAGACACACCGUAAACAAGAUUCAUAUCGCGAUUUUAAUAGUGCGCGAGCAAGACGACAAUAGUAUAAUAUCCUGCAAGCACGUAUUGUAACAUAAAGUUUACAUAAAGUUUAGAAGUAAUAAAUAACUAUUAGAAUAAGUUAUUGGAAGACAUUCACAAUCAUGUCAGAAAAAUUCGAGGACGGACAAUUCAGCGACGUUGAGGAGGACACACUGCCUUGGGCGCAGAACGAAUUCAAAGGAAAACCUUUAUCUAAUGGAUAUCCUAAGGAGCAACUCGAAACAGAAGUAGCCAAUCUGCACAUUACAGAUAGUAAAGAGAAUAAUGGAGACAAUAUCGAUGACGAUUAUUAUUGUAAUAAUGAUUACGAUUUGGAUGAAAAGAAGAAUACUGUCAUAAAAACAAGUUCGCAGAGAUCCAACACUCAAACUGAAUCUACGAGGGUAAUAAAUUAUCAACCUAAACACAAGUUGUUAUCUCGUUAUGCCAAUAAAAUUAAUUUGGAGAAAUAUGCGGGUCCGUCAUUACCAGGCUACGUGGCCAAUGUGCUAAUCGAAAGCGAUAAACGGGUCGAUAGAGAUCGCAUAAGGAUGAAAGACAAAAGUGAUCAUGCGACGAUUGAGAAUGUAUUGGAUUCGCGCAUUAAAAACAAACUGCACAAGCUGUUUGAGAAAGGAAUACUGGCAGAGAUAAAUGGUUGUAUCUCGACUGGAAAAGAGGCCAAUGUCUAUUAUGCCAAGUCGAAGAAUAAAGAUGAGAUCGCUAUCAAAAUAUACAGAACAUCCAUUUUAACAUUUAGAAAUCGAGAAAAGUAUAUCAGGGGUGAAUAUCGUUUUGACCAUGUACAUUCCUUAAGCAAUCCACGCAAAAUGGUGAAAGUCUGGGCGGAGAAGGAAUUUUCUAAUUUAAAGCGUUUGGAACAAGGAGGCGUCCGAGCACCACGACCAAUUUUGUCCGGUGGUCAUCUGUUGUUGAUGGAGUUCCUGGGAUCAGAUGGCUGGGCGGCACCCAAACUUAAAGAUGCUGUACUUACAGAUUCAAAGUCGAGAACAUUGUACAGGGAGUGUAUUGAAAUUAUGUGGAAGAUGUACAACAAAUGCAGGCUUGUUCAUGCUGACCUAAGCGAAUAUAACAUGCUGUAUUACAAUGGAUCGAUCGUAGUCAUUGACGUUUCGCAAGCUGUAGAUCGUGAUCAUUGUAACGCAAUGGAAUUCCUUAGAAAUGACUGUAGCAAUAUUACAACAUUUUUCAAAAAGUACAACGUGGGAGUUAUGACGCUCCAAGGAUUGUUUGACUUUAUAACAGACCCAACUAUAAACGAAAAUAACAUGGACGAAUAUCUGGAUAUACAAAUGCAGGAGGGAAAUGAAGAAAAAGAUCCACAGCAACAGGAAGUAGAGGAGGCAGUUUUUAAGCAAGCUUACAUACCUCAAAGAUUGACACAGGUGAUCAAUGUGGAACGCGAUAUAAAUCUCGCGAAAUCUGGAAAAGAUUUGAUUUACAAGACAUUGAUAGGCUUAAAAGCGGACUUAUCGAAGCCUGCAGAAAAACCAGAGAUUCUUGCUAAUAAACACAAGGCAGAUAGUAAAAGUAUGAAGGAAGGAAGUGAUAUUUGUACCUCUUCCGAGGAGAGUGACGAUUCAGAUAGCGAAAACGAAAGUGAAACGGAUAGCGAGAAUAAUAAGAUCAAAUUUGUAAGUUCGGCUAGGCCUAGAAAUGAAAGUCCCGAAAGUAGAAAAGCGCGCAAAAAGGCAGUCAAAGAACAGCAGGCGGAGAAGCGGAAAGUCAAGAUAAAAAAGCACGUGAAGAAACGUAAAAUAAAAGUAUCAAGAGGAGGAAAAUGAAUAUUUGUAUUUAAAA